AUGGAUAUCACGCUCAUAUCACCGGGCAUGCUGCCCACGAUGAACCAGUCCUGCGAUCAGUGUCAGGUCCGCCGUCGAAAGUGCAACCGCGCUUUACACUGCUCAAUGUGCAUCAAGGCCGAGCUCCAGUGCACCUACCGCACCAAGCUCAAGAAGCGGGGUCCGAGAGGGACAAUAGUAGAGCGGCUCAAGAAGAUGCAAGAGGACGAGGCUGCGCAGAACUCGACCGCCAGCCGUUCGGAAACGACCAUUGCGGGCCAGGCCAGCAACCAGGUCUACUCAGCGUCAAGACUCGAUGAGGUUGACAUCAUCCACCCAACUCCCGCCCCAACUCGCACGGCGUCGGAAGCCCUCAACUUUGACGUCUCCCCACUUGACGUCUCCCCACUCGCACUCGCACCCACAACCACCUUGACACGUGUUACGACCUCUUCUCUUUCCAGUGUCCUGACCAUGGCAGAGAUCGACAACCUAGUGACCAAGUACUUUCACCACAUCCACCCGUGUUACCCGUUCCUGGAUCGCGAGUGGUUUCUUGAAGGACUCGGAACAAUCGAGCACGCCGACUCCGUCUUUGGCACAAUGGUACUCGCGCUUUGUGCCCUCACCAUGGCCUUCAUCACCGAAGUCAUUCGGGAUGAUGAGAGUGAGGAGUUUCGGGUACGUCGCGAGCGCGUCAUUGCCGAGGUCACGUUGCGACACUAUACUCGGGCCCUGGGGUCCAACACGACACUCGAGCAGGUCAUCACGACCUUCCACCUCGGCCUCUACUUUUCCAUCGUAUUCGGAGAUGAGGCUGGACAUUUCCGGGUAGCCGAAUCAGCGCAUCUCGCGCGCUCCAUGGGACUCCAUCACGCCAGCACAUAUGUUGACAUGGAUCCCGCACAGCGGUCACGUACUAUGGCCGUGUACUGCUUCGUGGUCGUCCGCAACCGAGCAUGCGAGCUCCGCCAAGGAACAAGCCAGGUCGUCUGCCUCGGUCAGAGCCCCUUACUUCCGUCGUUUGAUGACGCUGUCGACCCAGCGUAUCGACUGUUCAGUAUGGACACGCGCACCGUCGAGAUUUCGCACUUGGCACUCUUGACAAACCUGUUCGACGUCGUCACUCCCGAGUUCUGCCGAUGUGCAAGGGACCAGUGCGAUUUGAAUAGCUGCCGCCUCAGCCCUUCGGACAUUGUCAACUAUGUCAGCAAGUUGGAGCGCGCGGCGGCAUCCAUUUGCCCAAAGACCUUCUCAGCUGUCCAACCCGCACUCAGCCUAUGGGAUGAAGUGUGGUGGAUUGAAGUAUUGAUGGGCCAACAGUGGAUCGCAGCACACAUCUGGCACAUGGCUGUCCAGCACGGUAUAGAUAUCAGUGGCCUCGAAGGGGGCAAGUUUCAGCGCUGGCCGCUGGAGAUUGCCGACACCGUCGCACAGGUACUCACAACGGCGAAUCUCCGAUCCGUGCACAUCUUGGGAACAGGGCUGGCGCACCGAUUGAGCUACAUCAACUCGUGCGGCUCACAAUACCUUCAAGCAACUGAAGUCGAGGAACAAGAACUUGAACGAGCACUCGCCAACCUGCAGCACAUCUCAGAGGUGGUGGUCGGCUGGGAUCCAAGGUACUGGACUCGCCGUCUUCAACAAAGCGCUACACAUACAUGCAAGGCCUGACAGGACGAGGCCCGUCCUGCGGUUCUUGGUUGUGGUCACUCCAUCACUCUCCCCGCACCUUUGCAUUCGAGUCCUCGUAGUCACUGCCAACCCAGUCAU